UAAUAAACAGAUUGUUUUGGCAAUGUCUAACGUGUUGCACUUAGCAAGCUAAAUUCCAGAGCGGGUGAAAGCGAGUGGAGAAACAAAGAAGCAUUGUUGUUUUCCGAGCUGCAUUAUUUUAGGGGACAGCAGUGCGUGUUUUCAUCCCAUGUCAAAAGCUGGAUGCCUUUUAGUGCAUAUGGCUCAGAUUAGCGGCAGCUGGAGAGGCUUUAUAGGGGACAUAAACUUUUAUUUUUUUCUACCAUUCUUUUUCCAUUAAGUGUCACGUUUUCACACUGCUUUUUGUUUGCGGAUUGCUUUUUGGGCAUGAGAGAAUACUUGUUCCUUGGGGUCAAAGUGGAGUAUUGGCAAAUACACAGAAGGGACCACAAAGACACAAGGUUUUCCAGUAUGAACCGGGCCUUUAACAGGAAAAAAGAUAAAUCCUGGAUGCACACUCCAGAAGCGCUGGCAAAGCAUUACGUACCCUACAAUGCCAAGUUUCUUGGAAACACAGAAGUUGAUCAACCGAAAGGCACAGAGAUUGUUAAAGAUGCAGUUAGAAAGUUAAAGUUUCAAAGGCAUAUCAAGAAGUCAGAGGGACAGAAGACCCCGAAAGUGGAAUUGCAAAUCUCCAUUUAUGGAGUAAAGAUCUUAGAUCCCAAGACAAAAGAUGCCCAGUACAACUGCCAGUUGCAUAGGAUAUCCUUCUGUGCAGAUGACAAGACGGAUAAAAGGAUAUUCACCUUCAUUUGUAAAGACUCAGAGUCAAACAAACACCUCUGCUACGUGUUUGACAGUGAAAAAUGUGCAGAGGAGAUAACACUCACUAUUGGCCAGGCGUUCGACUUGGCCUACAAGAAGUUCCUCGAGUCUGGUGGAAAAGAUGUGGAGACACGGAAACAGAUAGGAACCUUACAGAAAAGAAUUCAAGAACUGGAAACUGAAAAUUCAGAGCUAAAGAAGCAGCUUUCGGAUCUGGAGGAGCAGUUGAUGAUUGAUCCUGUGCCACCACUGCUGCACAUAAACUCUACUAACGAGGCCUACAUGCUCUCAAGGCCCUCCUCGCUCUUCUGGUGUCACAAUCUGACGUCCUUCUCGUGUCUUGAGAUCUCCUCGGUCACACUCACCCCUAUGAGCUCACCAGAGUCCAACCUCUCGGCAGGGCUACUAACCCCUCCUCCGGCUAAAUCCGCUCUCCUUCCAAAGACUGCCGACGGAUGCAGCAUCCCCCGGCCUCGCGCUGGCAGCAUCUCCUUGAAACCCCAGAUGUCCACAGAUGUUUUUGACAUGGUUCCCUUCUCUGCUGUCACACCCCUGGUACCAAUACCCGCAAGCAACGGCACACACCCGCCACCCCCUACAACAUCUCCUCCAGGCAUAAGUAAAGACCUUUUUGGUGCAGCACCUUUUGAUCCGUUCACCUGUGGGCAAGCUGACUUCCCCCCAGAUAUCCAGUCCAAACUGGACGAGAUACAGCGUCAGAGAUGGUUUGUACCUUUACACUAUUUUGACCCAUAAGAACCCUUCUUGUGGCUGCCGGUAAUGUGACUGUGACCUUGACAUCGUGAAUGAAUUUGCAUGUAUUCAGUUUGACUCUGUUGUAUACUCUGCAUACAGUCCAUCAGUAAAGUACACCCAGCAGGCUUUUUGAAACGUCUCACUUUCAUAAUGCUGUACACAUCUAUUGUAUGGAGUUGAAGUACAUUCGCCUAUAAACAAUGUGAUUUCUUAAAAACAUUAACCUUGUUUUAGCUUGUAUCAAGAGGAUGCAUAUGAGUUAAAAGUGUUUGGCUAUGGAAGCUUUACUUUUCUCAGUCAGUCAGUCUCUUUUAUUUUAUCUUUCGCGUCAACAACAAAAUAAAAUUACAUGAAUAAAUAACAAAUCUGAUCUAAUACUGUGUUGGGUGUACUUGGCUGCAACUAGUAUUAUCUUUGUCCAUUCUUUUGUAACUGAAAAUGUGUGGCAAAUGUGUUAUUGCUUGUCAAAACGCUUCAUCAUAUUUGUGUUACUUGUUGUCUCUGGAACAAUCUAGGGUCACAUAGGGUCCGAUUUAUUCAAAGUCCUGUAGUUAUUAUUCUCUACAUCCAUAGGUCAGACAGAUUAUUGUGUACUUUGUGGUUUAGACAUUAUGUUUCUACACUUAUUUAGAGGGAUUUGGACCAAAUCUUCCUCAGAACUUGUCAUUUCUCAGACUGCCUCUGAGAAGGACUUGGGCAUUCUAGAUUUCAUAUCCCCUAACCAUUCUUUUGUAGACUUGGAUGCAUGCUAUUUUGGACCAAACAAGAAUAAAAACUUGGGGCCAGAAUGACUCUAAUUUACAGAGUCUUGGUUACAGCUCACCAACUUGUCUCUCAACUUUGCUGACAUUAAGAAACUGUGUUAUUGAUUAUAUCGACUACCUUCGUUUGUUAUCUUUCCUCCUUUAGAGCAGGUUGACAUGGGAUAGAUUCUUUCUAACAACCAUUCUCCCCCUUGUUUUACAGGAGGGGUUCAAAAUGGGACUAACCCUAGAGGGCACUGUCUUUUCUCUUGGCCCACUAGACAGUCGCUGCUGAUGCCAAGUAGACAUGUUGCUGUUACAUACUGUUAAAUCAUUUGUAUUAAAAGUGCCAAAAUUGGGUCUAAAAUUCAAGAUGUCAAUGUUCUUCUCAUCUUAAGGUUUAUAUGUAUUUGCAUUUUAAUUUGGUUUUAGAAUAAUGAAAGGUAUAUUCAAAUCUGAUAUAGAAAGCACUAUUUUUGUAAGAACUCACAUGGGAAGGAGUAGUUUUGAGACCUCUUGCUUAUACAGGCAAUGAUGGAUGUAAAUAGUAUGUCCAAUGGUACACUCUGUGGCAGAAUUUUCUUAUGUGUAGAAUCAGUUUUAUUGAAUAUACACCACAUAGAACAGCGUUGUUAUCACAUUCUUAUUUGUUUGUCAGACAUGACUUGCUUAUCAUCAACUCACAAGACACGUAAAUGUAGUCGGUCUUGUAUUAACACUCAUAUACCAAACUCUCAGCUUGCCCUUAAUUUGACAUAUCUUCUAUGUUCUUUUUACUCAUAUGUAUUUUUAGUUAACUGUAAUUCAUUUAUUCGGAUUGUUUUGUCCUGACAUCGGAUUUAAUAGCUUUAUUUUCUUGUUAAACAUUUUAACAGGUGCAUUUUACAUAUCGGUAUGUAUUGACAUUAUUUACUUUCUUAUGAUAUAUAUCAGUAUCCUCUUGCACCAGAAAGCACUUUUGAAAACCUCUGUCCAUAUACAGUACUAUAUACUUGUUAUUUUACUUUGUAUGCAAUAUGACUUUGCUGUUACAGUUAUUAAAGAAAACAUUACGACA